AUGGCUCCGGAGUCAAGCAAACCAUCAGAAAACGGUGUCUUGAACGACGACCAAGAGCUUGAGAACCUCGUAAAGCACGUCAAGUCAGUUUUCGACAGCUUCACUGCAGACACAUCAGUGGAGGAAAUGAGAGCUGGCUGGGAGAGUCUGUUUCACGGCACGAUGCCAGUUGUUAAAUCAACGACGGAGAAAAUAGCAACCCCGGAGUUUCAAGGCGAGCUGAUCACGGCCUCGGAGGCUAAGCAUGAUCGUUAUAUCGUCUACUUGCACGGCGGGGGCUAUGUCAUCGGCUCCGUCAAUUCAUAUCGCGACUUCUGCGAACGUCUCUCACGCUCAGCCAAAGCACGCGUACUGGUUGUGGACUAUCGGCUGGCGCCAGAGAAUCCCUUCCCAGCUGCUGUGGAUGAUGCUGUUUACGCAUACCGCUGGGUUCUAAGCCAGGGCAUAGACCCUGGUCGUGUUGCAGUAGCUGGCGACUCUGCUGGUGCUGCUCUGGCUCUAUCUGUGAUAUUUACAGCAAAGGAUGCUGGCGACCCACUGCCGGCUUGUGCCGUGCCUAUUUCCCCUUGGGUUGAUUUGGAGCACACAGGAGGGACGAUGGAAACUUUGGAUCACGUCGAACCCAUGUGUCAUAAGGCUGUUCUGGAUGGCUGUGCGCAGUUGUAUCUUGGGGACGAUCGGCGAAACCCGCUUGCAUCCUCUCUUUAUGCGGACUUCACUGGGCUUCCGCCACUCUUUGUCACUGUUGGAGGCCACGAGACUUUGCUCGACGACGCGCUCCGGCUUGUUGAUAAGGCAAAAGCUGCCGAUGUCAUGGUUGAGUUUCAGAUUUACGAACGUCAGAUCCAUGUUUUCCAGAUCUUUGCCAGCCGAAUGGCAGCGGCCGAACGGGCAAUACACGAUAUUGGUAGAUUUGUUAUAACCUAUACUUCAUAG